CCUUUCAUUGAUUUCAUCAUCAUCAUCAUCCUUCGUUUUUUCUCUAUCGAUCUAGCAGAUUCUUUCGGGGACCAAAAUCAAAAUCAUGGUGGAUCAUCAAUGGAAGGAUUUAAUCGGAUAAAAGAGAAGAGACGGAAUCACGACGGGAGAAGAGAUCGGGAAAUCGGAAAAUCGGAGAUGAUGGGGAUUUCUUUCGCCGCCAAACUCCGUUUCCGAUCUCGAUUUCGAACUUCUUCAAUCGAUUCUUAUUGCUUCGCUCGUGAGGCUUUCUCCGAUUGUAUCUCCUCCGUCCAUUUCUUCUUCUUAUAACCUUUUUCUUUGUAAUAACCUCCGUCCUCUUCAGCUUUCUUUCUUUUCAUCUUCAAUCUCACCUUAAAUUCUCCACUUUUUUCUUCUUCUCCUUCUGUUCUCGAUUGCUUUGUUUGUUGUGUUGUGCAUACAUAUAUGGCUUCUGGUUCUGGAUUUUUAGGUCAGAUAUCGUCCAUGGAAGAGGCUGAUUUUGCCGAGAAAGAUCCUUCUGGCCGUUACAUCAGGUAUGAUGAUGUUCUGGGGAGAGGAGCUUUCAAGACUGUAUAUAAGGCGUUUGACGAAGUAGACGGGAUUGAAGUUGCUUGGAACCUAGUUAGCAUUGAAGAUGUAAUGCAGAUGCCUGGUCAACUUGAAAGGCUAUAUUCUGAAGUUCAUCUACUAAAGGCUCUAAAACAUGAAAACAUCAUCAAACUCUUUUACUCUUGGGUUGACGAAAAGAACAAGACUAUUAACAUGAUCACUGAGCUUUUCACCUCUGGUAGUCUCAGGGUAUAUCGUAAGAAGCAUAGGAAGGUUGAUCCCAAGGCCAUCAAGAACUGGGCAAGGCAGAUUCUCAAAGGCCUGAACUAUUUGCAUUCUCAGAACCCUCCGGUAAUUCACCGGGAUCUGAAGUGUGACAAUAUAUUUGUCAAUGGAAAUACUGGAGAGGUCAAAAUCGGAGAUCUCGGGCUCGCAACUGUACUGCAGCAGCCCACUGCUCGAAGUGUGAUAGGUACUCCUGAAUUCAUGGCACCUGAACUGUAUGAAGAGGAAUACAAUGAGCUUGUGGACAUCUAUUCUUUUGGCAUGUGUAUGUUGGAGAUGGUAACCUGUGAAUAUCCAUACAACGAGUGCAGAAACCAGGCUCAAAUUUAUAAAAAGGUCACCUCGAACAUAAAGCCUCAGUCUCUUGGCAAAGUUGACGAUCCUCAAGUUAGGCAAUUUAUAGAGAAAUGUCUUCUUCCUGCCUCUUCCAGACCAACUGCCCUCGAGCUCUCGAAGGACCCAUUCCUUGCAAGGGAUGGAGGCAAGGACUCUGCUCUGCUUGCUUCAUCAAGCACAUCAUCUAAAUAUGUGAGACCACCACAGCUUGAACAUCUUCCCAUGGAUGUGGAUCAUAACGAGAAUAAAAGUGUUUCAAGCAACGAAGACUACCCAUGGUCCCAAACCAUUGAACUUCAGAGGAUUGCAGAGAAUAAAGAGUUCAGGUUGAGAGGUGAGAGGAGCGAUGAUGUCACAGCGUCUAUGGUUCUCCGUAUUGCUGACCCGUCUGGUAAAUGUAGAAUCGUACACUUUGCAUUCUAUCUGGAGUCAGACACAGCAACAGCAAUCGCUGAGGAAAUGGUUGAGGAACUGCAUUUAACUAGCCAAGAGGUCGUUGUGAUAGCUGAUAUGAUCGAUGACUUCAUAAUGCAACUUCUCUCUGACCGGACCUCGUCGCAUCAUAACCAAAACUCUCCACGUCUAACCCAUGAGGAUCAUGAAGCAGCAAAUCAGCAAACUGUGAACUCGAAAGAUGAAGAAGCUGCAGGACAAUCAAUGAAGUCAGACAUAUCAGCAGACUAUUACUUUCCCUACUCAGCAAACGACGGAAAUGCUGCCAUGGAAGCUGGUCGAGAUGCAGAGUCGAUGAGCUCGUAUCUGGAUUCUUGCUCAAUGAUGUCAACCAUUUACAAUCUUUCCAUUUCAGACAAUGAUUACCCAGAAGAUCUCAAGACAGAACUAAACCUGAUCGAGUCACAGUUUAACCAGUCCUUCCAAGAUCUGCUGAAACUGAAAGAGGAUGCAAUAGAGAACGCUAAGCGAAAAUGGAUUACGAAAAAGCAAAAAGCAGUUAACAUCUCUUGAUUCAAAAGCUCUGUUUUUGAUAUUUUACUCUUCUUUUGGUCUUCAACUUUGCUGAGAUCGGUGUGUUAUACAUUUGGUGUUUUGGAUAUAUAUAUUUGAUUUGAUUUGAUACAACAAA